AUGGCGACCGUCACAGAAGCUGUAAAAGAGUCCCUACUGGGCACAUCGGCGGCCCCGAGCCUGUCGACGGAGUCGCGCAUGACCUUUCUGAAACAUGCCAACAAAGGUGAAGAUGGAGAGCUUUACAUGAACGAGGAGGAUUUUAUCAAUGCCAUUGCGCCACCAGAGGAAGAUUAUCACAAAAUUAAACGGGAACAAUACGGUAUCCUGUUCGGAGUCGCGGACCGUCACAAGCGCGGCAAAAUCUCCAUGUCGGAAUGGGCCGCCUUCGACAACCUCCUUGUCAAGCCGGACGCAGAGUAUGAGAUUGCCUUCAGGUUGUUCGACGAAGAUGGGACGGGAUCGAUCAAGUCAGACACCUUCCAGAAGAUCUACGAAAAGAACAGAGGUCGAGAGAGUAUCCCCUUCGACUUCAACUCGGAGUGGGCCUCGCUAUAUAUAGGAGGAAAAAAUAAGAGACACGAGAUGACCUACCCGCAGUUUGCACAGAUGAUGCGUGGUCUGCAGGGCGAGCGCAUCCGUCAAGCGUUCCAUCUGUACGAUAAAGAUAAGGAUGGCUAUAUCGACCCUGAGGAUUUUGAGCGCAUCAUCCGAGCCACCGCAGGACAUAAGUUGUCCGACCACCUCUUGGAGAACCUGCCGACGCUGUGCAAUAUCUCAUCUGGCACCAAGAUCUCGUACGCCAAUGUCCGCGCCUUUCAGAACGUUAUCCGUGAGAUGGACCUGCUCGAUCUGAUCAUCCGUAACGCCACGGCCAAAUCGCCAGACGGCAGAAUCGACCGCACGGAUUUCCUCAACGAAGCUGCUCGGUUGACUCGCUUUUCUCUCUAUACACCCAUGGAAGCCGACAUCUUGUUUCACUUUGCCAGCCUCGACACCCCUUCCGGCCGCCUGAGUCUGGAUGACUUCGCCAAGGUUCUGGAUGCCAGUUAUCAAACGGCGGGUGCCAGAUUGAAUGCCGUCGCCGAAGUUGCCGACCGCGCCGUGUCCAAGUCUCAACAGUUCCUGCGCAGCCUACUCGAAUCGGCACACCAUUUCGGUCUCGGCUCCAUCGCCGGUGCGUUUGGUGCGUUCAUGGUCUAUCCGAUUGAUCUGGUCAAGACACGCAUGCAAAACCAGCGAAGCACCCGACCUGGUGAACGACUCUACGAAAACUCAAUCGACUGUGCGCGCAAGGUCAUCCGAAACGAAGGUAUUCGUGGGCUGUACUCGGGUGUGCUCCCUCAAUUGGUCGGGGUUGCUCCUGAAAAGGCCAUCAAGCUCACGGUGAAUGAUCUCGUGCGAGGAAGAUUUACCGACAAGCAGACUGGCAAGAUUCCCCUCUGGUCGGAGAUUCUUGCUGGAGGUUCUGCCGGUGCUUGUCAAGUGGUCUUUACCAACCCGCUCGAAAUCGUCAAGAUUCGCCUCCAGGUCCAAGGCGAACUGGCCAAGAAAUCCGACGCGGUCCCCAAACGUAGUGCGAUGUGGAUCGUCCGGAAUCUUGGUAUUCUGGGCUUGUACAAGGGUGUGACUGCAUGCUUGUUGCGCGACGUUCCUUUCUCGGCCAUUUACUUCCCCACGUACAGUCACCUCAAGAGAGACUUCUUCGGCGAAUCACCCACCAAGACAUUGGGCGUCUUGCAGCUGCUGACGGCCGGUGCCAUUGCGGGUAUGCCAGCUGCAUAUCUCACGACUCCUUGUGAUGUGAUCAAGACUCGACUUCAGGUGGAAGCCCGCAAAGGGGAAGCAACUUACAACGGCCUCGUGGACUGCGCGCGCAAGAUUCUCAAGGAUGAAGGUUUCAAGGCCUUCUUCAAGGGCGGCCCUGCUCGUAUCCUGCGAUCAUCACCGCAAUUCGGCUUUACACUGGCAGCGUACGAGGUACUGUCGAAGAUGCUCCCGUUUCCUGGCUCAGACGAGGCCGAGAAGGUGAAGUCGGGAAGCGGUGUCACGGGCAGAGUGGAACCGGGCGUUGGCCUUAGGGAGGCAAAAGCCCCGUUGCCAUACCUGCGCAGCCGCAACGCGCUGAAGAUCUUGCUUGACCUGGACGUUAACUUCGGCCGUGUCAAGCCGAGUCAAGAGGCGGGGAGCUUGAUGCAACAACAUGCCAUGGCAGCAGCCGCGGGCAAGGAGGCGGUCGAGAAAGGUGUUGGCUGGUUCGGGAAGAAGUUGUGA